AUGGAUAUAGGAGGGAUAAUCACUUCAGUCCUUGCUGCAGCUGCGCCGGGUCCAUCACGACGGUUACCGUCCUUCCCCCACUCGCAGAAGCCGCCCCCAACCGGUCCCACGAAUAUUUCCCCAACACCCACGACCUCGAGCACCACAUUUUCCAUACCUUCAACUGCUACCCAUACGUCAUCAACGUUACUUACCACUGAGACAUCCUCGAACCCGCGCUCGUCACCAUCUUCGACGCAAGAGGGUCUAGCAACAUCAGCAGGCAGCAACCCCUCUACCGGCAGCCCUUCCCCCGGCUCCACCGGGCCCUUCUCCAGUGGCGCGCCGAGCGCACCUUCAAGCUCACAUGGGCAAGCGAGCGCAAGCACUGGAACUACGCCAGUUUCAUCUACAAAUACGUACUCCAUGCAGGCAUCCAGCUUUUCUUCGGUUGUGGUGUCAGGCUCGACAACUUUCACCUUGGUGUUGAGUGCGAGCACGGUUGCCGGGUUCAAUAGCACGCAAACUGUGCUCAUCACAGUGACAGCUGCCAGUGGGUCGCAGUCAUCCUCGCCCGCCCCCUCAGCUUCCUCCCCUUCACGUGGUGCCGGUGGUUCUUCUGAGUCCCUUUCUGAAUCGAGCCCGCCGAACAACAUCGAAAGCGCCGGAUCUUCCGCUACCUCGUCCUCAUCUUCUACUCCAUUGCCCACAUCCGAAUCCGCACAUCGCUCGUCAGAAGCAACCAUUCUAGGAGCAUCUAUCGGCGGGGGUGUAUUCAUCAUAGCAGUAGUUGCUAUAUCUCUUGUCUAUCUUAUCAAGCGGCGCAAUGCCCGAAGAGGACAUCAUGGUCGCUCCGCAAGCCGAAACGAAUCGUUCUUCGCCGCCGAACGCCCACUUGUAUCGCCCUUCCCUACCCUCUCUAGACCUCAGUCGCAUGCUACCGCAACGAGUAUGGCCGGAACACUCACGGACGAAGAGCGAUGGGCAGAAUACAGGAACGUCCACCAGUCGCCGCCCCUACUUCCUAAUCACGGUCUGGUGUCUCGCGAUACUUUGCUCAUCGAUCAUGUCACGGAACCGCUCUCUCCACCAGCGCGGAGGCAGGACAUGGGUUAUGCUACCUUGUCACGGCACUCCCCUCACAGCGCUAGAUUCCCGGAUAGUGAGCGCGUGGUUGCUCAAACAGCACCUCAAGACAUCUCGUACGUUCCCGAGGAUGCAAGCUCAAGCCGCGCCGACAAUGCGCCUUCUCACGCUAUGUUCUUCUCACCUCCCUCAAGUUUGUCGCCCGCAAGCGCGUCUUUCUCGCAAUAUAUCGUAUACGAUGGCAUUGAGGUCGGCUCUCUCACUGAUACCGUGACGACACCGAGUGGCCAGCGAGUCCCCGUAGCCGCCACCAAUUCGAAUUCUUUCGAUGGCUUCCUUCCAUCACCAUCCAUGCCCUCUCCGCGGCGUAGUUUCGCUAGUCUACAGAGCGAAAGCUCAGCAGGGGCUGCCCCCGUGACAGGCGAGACACAGUUUGGAAUGGCUAUAUGA